AUGUUAAAAUGUUUUUCAUUCAAUGAAACACGAUUAAAACCUUUGAAUUAUCCUCAUUUAUCAUCAUCAUAUCAUCCUUCAACAGGAACUAUGGCAAGUAAUACUAUCCUACAAAAAUUAAGAAAUUUACAAAUUAAUUUAGCUCAAGGCCGAACACAACAACAACUUUCUCAAGCAGAAAUUUUCAUUUCAACAAGUAAUUCAUCAUCACAACGAUAA